AUGUCGGAACUGGUCGCAAAUCCUUCCCUGUGGGCCCAAGGUCUUGCAUUUUUAGGCUUGCUUUUCACGACACGCCUGAUUUGGAAAAUAUUCUUUUCGCGGUUGAGAUCCUUCCCCGGUCCAGCAUUGGCCAAGUUAACGGACUUUUGGCGUGCAUUUCAUACCUACCGUGGACGUGUCGAUCAGAAGCACGUCGAGCUGCAUCGCAAGUAUGGAACAGCUGUGCAGAUUGGUCCGAAUUGCGUGAGCAUUUCGGACCCUAGUCUUAUUCGGACGAUCUAUUCGACGCGCAAUCCCUGGAAGAAGAGUGACAUGUAUCGCCCCAACGAUGUUUUGCUCCAAGGACACCGACUUUCGAAUCUCUUCAAUACGCAGGAUGAGGAUUGGCAUAAUCAAAAUAUCCGCCCGAUUCGCAGCCUUUGGACUAUGACCAAGGUCCUAGAAUAUGAGCCUCUUAUUGAUGAGACCUUGGAUAAAUUUACGGGAAAGCUUGCUUCGAGGUUUGUAGAUGGUGAUAGCGCAGGAAAGACUUGUCCUGCAGCCGAAUGGAUUGGUUUCUUUGCAUGGGAUGUCACAGCCAAUUUCAGCUUCGGUCGCCAUUAUGGAUUCCUUGACCAGGAGAAGGAUGUUGAUAAUCUCAUCACCGACUCAACUGCUGGCCUUGAAUAUUUCGCACCGGUCUCUCAAAUCCCAUGGGUGGACAACCUCCUCGACAAGAACCCAAUCACGCGCAUCGGCCCCAAGCCCACCUUAACUGGUGUACUGUACGCCUUCAAGGUCGUGGCCGAAUAUCAAGCCCAACUAGCCGAAAAGAAUAUCGCCACAGGAACCGUCGACCACACUCUGGACAAAUAUGUCCAACUCAAGAAAACUUACCCAGACAUGGUCGACGACAACCAAAUCGUAAACUGGCUAAUGCUAAGCAUCCUAGCUGGAGGCGACACAAGCUCGGCCACAAUGCGAGCCGCGGUAUACUACCUUUCCAAGAACCCAUCAACAACAGACAAGCUCGCGGCCGAACUAAACAAGGCCAAUAUAUCUGCUCCCGCGCCCUGGACGAAGAUCCGCGACCUACCCUACCUUGACGCCGUUAUUCGCGAGGCCAUGCGCAUGAACCCCGGUAUCGCAAUGAUACUCGAACGUGUCGUUCCAGAAGGUGGAUUCACACUCCCAGACGGACGGUAUCUCCCCGCAGGCACGAAAGCUGGCAUUAAUCCAUUCGUCGCGAACCGCGAUUAUAGUGUUUUCGGCGAGGAUGCUGAUACCUUCAACCCUAACCGUUGGCUGCAAGGGGAUGAUGAGAGUGCUGGAAAGUUUGAGGAACGUCAGCGGCGUAUGAAGGAUACUGUUGACUUUGUAUUUGGUGGGGGUGGUCGUGUCUGUAUGGGUCGGUACUUGGCCAUGCUUGAGAUCAAGAAGUUGAUUGCGACGCUUUAUAGCUUGUUUGAUAUUCAACUUGUAGACCCAGAGCAUGAGUGGGAGUAUCGGAAUGCUUGGUUUGUGUAUCAGUAUGAUAUGCCUAUGCUGAUUCGGCGUCGAUCAAGUGGUGCUCGGUGA